AUGAAGGCCAGCACGACGGAGCACUACUUCCGGCCGCGACCCGGGCUGGCGUGGCGGAAGUUGUGCCAUAGCGCCUACAGCAUCCGUUCACUCCAGUGGAGCGUGGACAGGCUCGCCGCGUCCGACGCCGGCGGCCGUGCGCCCCCGCCCCAGCCCCAGCGCGUGUCCAGAUUCGUGGCGAUCUCGGCGCUGUACUGGACGGCGUUCGUCCGCUCCAAGGGCGGGCUCGCGCCGGAAGACAGCGCGUGCUACUACUACCUCGCCUUCCCGGCGGACCUGCGCGGACGCCUGAGCCACCCUCCCGUCGGCGGCGGCCGCUAUUACAUCGGGGCCUGCGUCAAGAAGUGCCUGGCGAGCGCCAGCGCGCGGGAGCUCGCCGGCGCCUCCGGGCUCCUGCACGCGUCUCGGGCGAUCCAGGCGGCGCUGCGGGAGGAGGUCGCGGCGGCGCCGCUGGCGGGGACGGAGGUGCUGUGGGCGGAGCGGGUGAGGCACGUGCCGCCCGGCCGGCUCGCCGCGGUGGCGGGGUACCCGCUGGUACCGCUGUACGAGACGCUGGACUUUGGGUUCGGGAGGCCCGAGCUGGUGGAUCACAUGCCGCUGGACUGCGACGGCAGGAUGAUGCUGAGCGGUGGCAGGCGGGACGGCGAGGUGCAGGUCUCCGUGUCGCUGGACAAGACGCGUAUGGGCGCGUUCGUGGAGCACGUCCUCGCCGCCGCCGCGGGAGGUAGGCAGGCAAGAUUCUAA